AUGAUCUCCUCUCAACCGUUUGAAGAAGCUGAAGAAGAAUCUAAUUCAUCUCUUCUAGCGAGCUCUGUGAAAGGAAGAAAUUCAUUAUCUAAUCUUGAAUCCAUUGUGAACAUUAAACAAUCUGGAUACGAACAACUCACCCAAUUUGAAAACAGAAAGGCAGAAUUAGAAGCCAACAUCUACUUGAGAAACGACCUCUCAAAACAACCAUCUUAUGAAAAAGGUUUGACUUUAAUGGUAGUGGGAUCAAAGAAAGCUGGAAAAAGCUCUCUAUCAAAUACCUUGAUCGAAUGUGAUUUAUUCCCGUCACAAGAUGCUGCAUGUACUUUCCAUAUGAAUAUUUUGAAGUAUGGAGAAAAAUAUUCUCUCACAAAGGUUGAUUCAGAUCUUGUUACCACAGCUGCCUCACCAAUUAUCACCGAAACGAUCGAAGACCUUAGCCAAUUGUUGUUUGAUUCACUUCCAAAAAUGAAGGAUAGAGAUAAGGCAACGCCUUUUGUUUUUAUGCUGACAGCACCAAUUCCAAUAUUGAAAGAUCUUAAUUUAACAAUUAUUGACACGCCUGGUUUAAAUGAAAUGAAGCAUCUCGAUCAGACUGUUUGUAAGAUUCUUCCUACAGUGGAUCUUCUUAUUUAUGUCCUCCAUUCUCAACGUGCAAUUAAAAACGAUGACCAUAGAUUCCUUGACAUGCUGAGAACUGGCGAAGAUGGUACAAUGGACCCUGAUCGUUUUUUGUUGGACAGUGAUAAGCUUUUACUUCUAGUGACACAAAUUGAUACGAUUCCUCAUGUUGCUAUUUCCAAAAAAAACCCUCACAAAGCCACUCCCACAAAGCAGUUCAAGAAAUGUCAAGAUAUUUAUAAGCAAAAUUUAUCAAUUUAUUCCAAACACCUCUAUUUUGUCACAAGUAAGAUUCAACAAGAGAAACGUGCUCAUGGACGUACUUGUAAAUAUUGGAAGAUAUUUACUGAUGGCGUGGAACGUUUAAUUGUAUCAAAUAUGACCAAAGAUUUAAUUCAAGUUUUGAAACAAAUGAGCGAGUCACUUGAAGAUAUGCUACAAAUAUUUGAACUUGUUUCAAGAGACAAAAAUUUUCUUGUAGAGGAGAUUGUAGAAACACUUUCUUUGGUCUUGAAUGACAAUCGCAUUGAAUUCCUUGCAUCUCGUUUGUCUGAAGAAAUUCAAAAAGAACAGAAUUCAAUUGUUGACAAAGUAUAUUCUGCUCUCACAUCAUGCGAAAUUGAUAUCACGAACAGAAAUAUGUCUGAUUCUGUUAAAGAGGUCAUUAAGGACCAAGUUGUACAGGAAGUGAAAAAGAGUAUUAUGUUGCUGAUCCGUAAUGUCAUGAAAGAUCUUUUAGAUAAGGAUAAUAUUGUCGAUCAUAAUUUUGAUAUAACAUCAAUACUUUCAAAGGUAUUUCAUUGCAAGUUAGAUUUAUCAUUAUUCAAGCUCAUUGGUGAUCCAGUUAUCACCUUAUUGUCAUCGGUUCUUGAAAAUAUAUCAAGGGAAGAAGUGAGUAGAGAGAAUCAUUUGCUUCAGACUCAGGAUAUUAAAGGACUUACUAACUACAUUCUGGAAAAUUUUGACAAAAAAGGGACAGCUGCCAAACUUUUGCAAUAUUUAGGCGAAAAAUUUUUUAUUAUGAAUGAAGAACGUAACAAAAGAAAGGAAGAUAUUUUUCGAAAAUUGACAGCGAAAGACUUUACACUCAACGAAGCGUAUUCUUUUAAGGAAACUGUUGUAAAGCUGUGGAUCGAUAUUCAAAACGCAAUUCAACAGACACAAAUGAUCCUUAACUCAGAUGUAAAGCGUGAUUCAGAUGUAUUUGAAAUUACGUUCAAAGAUUCCUUGGAUUCGUUUCACUUUUGUAGCGCGCUUAUCGACGACAAUUCUUUUGGAAUAAUUGAAAUGAAAGUAGAUCAGGCACAUCUUUUGGUAAGAUUCAAUAAGGAGCAAUUAGUGUCAUUCCAGACUGUGAAAAAAGCUGCUGUUAAUAAGAGUGUCCACGAUCGAAAAUGUAUUUGUAAGCAGUUGGCUAAAUUGUUCUCCAAGUUGGAUAAUCAUCACCUGUGUAUAAGAGACUCAGUGAAGCUUGAUGAUUUUUAUCUCAAUUCAGACAACAAAUUGAAAGUUUUCAUUAUUGAUAUUGUAGACCUUGCAAACGCUCCUUUUUCUCACGAAGCCAUCACUAAGAACAACAAAUCAGUACUGGAUAAACUUUUUAGAUCGUUGAUGAACGAUAGUGAGCGAGUGAUCAUGGAGCAAGAAUUUAGUUUCCAGUACAUUUGGUCACACAAGUAA